AUGACGUCAUUAUAUGCAAACUUGGUAAAUUGGAUCCAGGAAAGAUUUGCUGAAAUGGCAGCAUUGGAAGAAGAGGAAGCUGCCGUUCGUAAUAAGUAUAAGCAUGAAUUUAAUGAUUCGAUCAAAGAAAUUGAGAAGCAUCACUUUGCGCUUAAGGAAAUGUUGAAUGGGUGGAUACUUGAUUGGUUUUUCAACUUCUUAACCUUCACAAAAUUAUGUGUAAAGAAACGGAAUUACCACAGUUUCCAUACUUGGCUUUCCCAAAGAAUUGAUAGUAUGAUCUCCUCUAUGUUGGUAUUAUUCAUGCAAUUGUUAAAGCUAACAGCAGGCACAGAUGCCGAAUCAAAGAGAAAAAAUAGGAAAUAA